AUGCGCCAGUGGUUGGUCUGGGUAUUGUCAUGGGCGUUUCUCUAUUCUGAGUGCUGUGCUCGUGCUACUGGAAGGCGCGCCUUCCUGGCUCCCGGGCUCUGGAGCCUGUCACCCGUGUCAACCAAAACGAGCGCAAGAUGGAUAUCGCCCAUAAGAGACCAGGAUUCCACAGUUUCGUCCGGCUGGAAGGGCAGCCGGCACGGCCUGAUUCCGCUGUCCGCCCGGAUGGAACAUGAAGAGCCAUUUGCGGGCAGCGAUUCGCUACUAGACAAGCGAUCGAUGUUUUCCGACACAGCGUUGGAACUCACCCUCGAAGACAUGGCGGCUCGUGAGGCCGACUUUGAGCGUUACAAAAACAGCUCCUUGAGUCACUUCCGCAACAUAGGCGCCGUUGUUGCAUCGGUGAUAACUGUAGGUGCGCUAUACGGCGCCCUUUCGAUGCUGCGCGGUAUGCUGAAUCAGCAGCACGCCAACGUAGGUAUCCAUGGCGCUCCACACAUGUGUUUGCAGCUACGUGCUGACCGUUAUGGAUCUCUCGCCCCGCACUCGGACGUUGGCACUGGAGAUGGUGGCCACGGGUAG